CCACAUAACCCGGAAAAAUCUCGCCGCCUCUCAGCCACUGCCUGUUUUGUUAGCCCUCCUGCUAAAACCUCAGCCUCUCUCUUUCUCUCUCUAAACCCCCCCUCCCAACACACACACUCACACACACACACACACACACCUACUAGCAUACACCUACACACAACCAACAACAACAACAUACAGAGCUGCGAUUGGAUUGAAGCUUUUUUCGUCACUUAAUUGCUAGUAAACCUUAUUAAGUUUUCGAAUUAGGAGGUGAAAAUGGCUGGGAAAUCUAAUAAAGGGAGGAAUCGGAGAGGGUCCAAUAACACAACAAAUUCUUUGGAGCCAGUGGCGUCAUCAAAUGCUCCUGUGAAAGAUGACACAACUGCUUCAGAAGCUGGUGUAGCUACUCUUAAUGAAGUACCAGCUGGGAGUGAAUCAACUAAUGGCUCCUCAGAGAUAAAGGAAUCUGAAACAGCAAAUUCUGCUAGUGAAGCAAAGCAAGGUGAUCUUCAUCUUUACCCUGUCUCUGUCAAAACACAAAGUGGCGAGAAGCUUGAGCUACAAUUGAACCCUGGAGAUUCUGUCAUGGAUGUAAGACAAUUCCUUCUUGAUGCUCCUGAGACUUGUUUCUAUACAUGCUAUGACUUGUUGCUGCACACGAAGGAUGGUUCCACUCAUCAACUAGAAGAUUAUAAUGAAAUAUCUGAAGUAGCUGACAUUACUUCUGGUGGUUGCUCCUUGGAGAUGGUCACUGCAUCAUAUGAUGAUAGAUCGAUCAGGGCACAUGUUCACCGCACAAGAGAAUUACUUUCACUUUCUACACUUCAUGCUUCAUUAUCAACAUCCCUUGCUUUAGAGUAUGAAACAGCACAAAAGAAAGCUCCGGGUUCAGAUACUGGAAAAACAGAGGUCCCUGAGCUUGAUGGGAUGGGAUUUAUGGAGGAUGUUGCUGGCUCGGCUGGUAAAUUGUUAUCAUUCCCAACAAAGGAAAUCAAGUGUGUGGACAGUAUUGUGUUUUCAUCCUUCAAUCCCCCUCCAAGCCAUAGAAGGCUUGUUGGGGAUUUGAUUUAUCUGGAUGCAGUAACAUUGGAGGGUAACAAAUAUUGUGUUACUGGAACCACAAAGAUGUUCUAUGUCAAUUCAAGCACAGGGAAUGUGCUUGACCCUAGGCCCAGCAAAGCUACUUCUGAAGCAACAACCCUUGUUGGACUGCUGCAGAAAAUCAGUCCUACAUUCAAAAGAGCUUUUCGUGAAAUUUUGGAGCGUAAGGGCUCUGCACACCCUUUUGAAAAUGUACAAUCUCUCCUGCCACCGAAUUCAUGGCUAGGAUUAUAUCCAGUUCCUGAUCACAUGCCUGAUGCAGCCAGAGCUGAGGAUGCACUAACUCUUUCGUAUGGUAGUGAGCUGAUUGGCAUGCAAAGAGAUUGGAAUGAGGAGUUGCAAUCCUGUCGAGACUUUCCCCAUUCAACUCCUCAGGAAAGGAUCUUGCGUGAUAGAGCUCUCUACAAAGUGACUUCUGACUUUGUUGAUGCAGCAAUUAAAGGAGCUAUUGGAGUCAUCAGCAGAUGUAUUCCUCCCAUAAAUCCAACAGAUCCAGAGUGCUUUCAUAUGUAUGUUCACAACAAUAUAUUCUUCAGUUUUGCUGUGGAUUCAGACCUUGAACAGCUCUCCAAGAAAUGUAAUUCAGAUGCUAGUUCAAAGACUGAGAACACUAGUUCUUCAAUUAAAUCAUCUGAAAAGGCCACUGCCAAUGGGAUGAAAUGUGAUGGAUCAACCGCAGAAGUGAUGGAAUUGCCUCCCGAACCUUCUGAGCCACAGUUGGCUGAGAGCGAACAAGCUACAUAUGCUUCGGCAAAUAAUGAUCUGAAAGGCACCAAAUCCUACCAGGAAGCUGAUGUCCCUGGUUUAUAUAAUCUUGCCAUGGCCAUAAUUGAUUACAGGGGUCACAGAGUGGUAGCCCAGAGUGUCUUACCUGGCAUUCUUCAAGGGGAUAAAUCAGACUCUCUGCUGUAUGGUUCUGUUGAUAAUGGCAAGAAAAUACGCUGGAACGAGGAUUUUCAUUCCAAGGUGGUUGAAGCUGCCAAACGCCUUCAUCUAAAGGAACAUACUGUCCUAGAUGGAUCUGGGGAUGCUUUCAAAUUAGCUGCACCAGUGGAAUGCAAGGGCAUUGUGGGUAGUGAUGACAGGCAUUAUCUACUGGACUUGAUGAGAGUAACUCCUCGUGAUGCAAACUAUACCAGACCUGGCUCGCGGUUUUGCAUAUUGAGACCAGAAUUAAUCACUGCCUUCUGUCAGGCCGAAGCUGUGGCAAGGUUGAAGAGUAGACCUAAAUCUGAGGGAGGGGUUCAAGUGGCUGCUGAUUCUACAGAAGUUGCUAAUGCUGAUAAGCAAGUUAAAUCUGAGGAAGCUGCAGUGCCCAUCAACAAUCAAGAGAUAGCUAAAGAAGGGAAAGCUGACACUGUAGAAGAAAGUGCUCCUCCUCCUGCUGGAAGCUCUGAAUCUCAUGAAGAAAUACUUUUUAACCCUAAUGUUUUUACCGAGUUCAAGUUGUCUGGGAAUCCAGAGGAGAUAGCAGCGGAUGAAGAAAAUGUGAAGAAAGUUAGUUCGUAUCUUGCAAAUACUGUGCUUCCAAAGUUCAUCCAAGAUCUUUGCACACUUGAAGUCUCACCCAUGGAUGGACAGACUCUUACUGAAGCACUACACGCUCAUGGAAUUAAUGUUCGCUACAUGGGAAAGGUUGCUGAAGGGACAAAACACUUACCUCAUCUAUGGGAUCUUUGUUCCAAUGAGAUCAUUGUCAGGUCUGCAAAGCAUGUCCUCAAGGAUCUCCUCAGGGACACAGAUGAUAAUGAUUUAGGGCCAGCGAUCUCUCAUUUUUACAAUUGUUUCUUCGGAAGUUGUCAAGCUGUUGGUGUGAGAGUUUCAACUAAUAAUUCGCCUUCAAGAGCAACAAAGAAAGAACAAGCUAGCAAUCAUUCUUCAAGAAAAUCCUCUAGGGGCCAGACAAGGUGGAAAGGAGCAUCUGCAAGAAAGAACCAAUCCUCAUAUAUGAAUGUUAGCUCAGAAACUGUAUGGUCUGACCUUCAGGAACUUGCAAAGCUCAAAUACGAGUUUGAGUUGCCAGAGGAUGCGAGGUUACAAGUGAAGAAAGUCUCAGUUAUACGUAACCUUUGCCAAAAGGUGGGCAUCACCAUUGCAGCUCGCAAAUAUGAUCUCCAUACUGCAAUGCCUUUCCAAAUGUCAGAUAUCUUGAAUCUCCAACCUGUGGUGAAGCAUUCAGUUCCUCUAUGUUCAGAAGCCAAGGAUCUUGUGGAAACAGGAAAAGUUCAACUGGCUGAGGGGAUGCUUAGUGAAGCCUACACGUUAUUCUCUGAGGCAUUUUCCAUUCUUCAACAGGUGACUGGUCCAAUGCAUCGUGAGGUUGCUAACUGUUGUCGGUACCUGGCCAUGGUUCUGUACCAUGCUGGUGAUAUGGCUGGAGCAAUCAUCCAACAGCACAAGGAGUUGAUCAUAAAUGAACGUUGCCUGGGAUUAGACCACCCUGAUACUGCCCACAGUUAUGGAAACAUGGCUCUCUUUUACCAUGGACUGAACCAAACAGAACUUGCACUGCGGCACAUGUCUCGUGCGCUUCUCUUACUGAGUUUGUCAUCUGGCCCAGAUCACCCUGAUGUGGCUGCAACCUUCAUAAAUGUUGCAAUGAUGUAUCAGGACAUUGGAAAGAUGAACACAGCUCUUCGCUAUCUGCAAGAGGCCUUGAAAAAGAAUGAGAGGCUUUUAGGAGAGGAGCAUAUUCAAACUGCUGUAUGCUACCAUGCUCUUGCAAUCGCAUGUAACUGCAUGGGCGCAUUCAAGCUAUCACACCAGCAUGAGAAGAAAACCUACGACAUACUUGUCAAACAACUUGGUGAGGAGGACUCAAGGACACGAGAUUCCCAAAACUGGAUGAGCACAUUUAAGGCACGAGAACUGCAGAUGAAUGCGCAGAAGCAGAAAGGUCAGACAUUGAAUGCAACUUCUGCUCAAAAGGCGAUAGAUAUAUUGAAGGCUAAUCCUGACCUGCUGCAUGCAUUCCAAGCCGCCGCUGCUGCUGGAGGAUCUGGAUCUGGAUCUGGGAGCUCUAGCAGUUCCAUUAACAAAUCCCUUAAUGCAGCAAUAGUUGGUGAAGCCCUUCCACGAGGGAGGGGGGUAGAUGAACGAGCUGCUCGUGCAGCAGCAGAAGCUAGGAAGAAAGCAGCUGCUAGGGGGCUCUUGAUUCGCCCGCACGGUGUUCCUGUACAAGCUUUGCCACCAUUCACUCAGCUCCUCAACAUCAUUAACUCAGGGGCGACUCCAGAUUCCAUCAACAACGAGGAAGCAGGUGGAGUGAACAAUGAAGCUAAUGGGCAGUCUUCUAAUGACCCAGUAGAUAAACAAAAAGAUCAAACAUCAGGGAAAGAUCAGGCUCCUAUUGGGUUGGGCAAAGGCUUAAAAUUAUUAGAUGCCAAGAAAGAGAAAGCAAAGGCCAAAGUUGCAGCUUGAAGUUUCGAGGCAGAGAUUGGAUUGAUUAGUGGCAAGGCUUAAACAAUUGGAAGUGUUCGUAUUUCUUGCCAUUUGUGGGGGGGCAUCCUUUCAUAAUCAAUUACAGUGGUGACCGGCCGUCAACUACUCAUAGAAACUGAAGAGUACCGAGGUGUGCCAAAGAAACCAUCUUUAUUCGAUUUGUCCAAAAAUCACCCUCGUAGAUAUAAUUGAUUGAGCAUGCAUGGGGGUCAUGAGGUGCAAGAUAGAUGAUAAAUGACAAUGUUAUGUAGGUACACUAUAUAAAUUGAUGAUUAAUUUUCCAGCUAGUUUUGUAACUUCAACUCAAAAAUUAGUUUUGUAAUUUGUUUGCAAGGGCUGCUUGCUCUUGGCACCCUUGCUCUGUAAGGGAUAAAGGAUAGCCACUUUUUUUUUUUAAUUAAUGAAAAUAAUAUAUUUUUUGUUUUA